AUGAAGGCCGCCAUUCUGUCCCUGGGCCUUGCUGCCAACCUCGUUGCCGCCGCCGGCCUCCGUCCUCGGGACCCCGAGUCCGACCUUGUCGCCUUCAAUUCCGCAGCCGACGCCCUCAUCUCCCAGUACAUCCCCCAACCCGAGUGGGAGGCUCUGACUUCGGCCGUCGGCUCAGCUGCGAGCGCUGCCGGCGUCACCGCCGACGUCAAGGAUGUCAUCUACUCGGCUCUCAAAGCCACCGAGGCACCCUCCUGGUUCGCCAGCGUUGUCCCAACGGCUUACAGCAGCCAGUACCAGGCUCUCGAGACCGCCAUCGACUCGCUGAGGCCAACGGUCACUGUCACAGUUCCUCGCCCGACUGUGAUCGCAAUUACCACGACCGACGAGAAUGGAAGCACCAUCGUCGCGACCACCACCGUCACCCCCAGCCAAACCACCAUCACCACCGACGUCGUGCCUACUCCCAGCGUCAGUGUCGUCACCGGCACCGACUCUGCGGGCAACUCCUAUACUUCCACCAUCAUCGGCUCCAACGGCACCGCCACUGGGUCCGCCGCUACUACCGCGACCGAGACCGUCACAGAGACGACUGCCACUGGCUCCGCUUCCGCAUCUGAGACCGAGUCGGCCAGCGGCACCGGCACCGAGACUGCGGCGUCCGGCACUGCCUCCGGAACUGCCUCCGGCACUGAUGCGCCAUCCAAUGCUGCCCCGACCGCCAUGGCCAACGGUCUCGCCGGUGUGGUUGCCGUCGUCGGUCUUGUUAUGGCUCUCUAA